ACUCCUUUUCAGAUAUUUGUGGAGAUAGUUUGACACUUCGUUAACAUGUUAACUCUCGUGGACAUGUGUAUCAUAUGGUUUGUCCUAGUUUUAUAUCGCGUCAACGCUGGAAGUUCUGGGUGAUGGGGCCAGACAGUGCUCCGGGUCCAGCUGUGCCCUGGCAGAAGGUGCUGUGGGAGCGCCAGCCUUUCCCUGAUAACUAUGUGGACCAACGAUUCCUGGAGGAAUUACGGAGGAAUGAGGGCAUCCGGCAGUACCGCUACUGGGCUGUGGUAAAAGAAGCAGGCUUUGUGGGACAGCAGCUGUCAUGUGUGGCCAUUUUUAUCACCCUCUGGCUCUACAUGGAGCAGGGUCUUCUGUCCCCAGAGAGGCUGUUGUUGACUGUCCUUGUCUGCAGCCUGCUGGGUUAUGGACUACACGAAGCCUUGGCAUCUCAAGUCGAAUCAGGCUGUGAGCUCCGGACCCGUCUGGCUGACUUACAGAGUGCGACUAUUUUUCUUUCCUUUACCUUUGGCUUCUCGCCAGUUCUAAAAACACUAACAGAGUCUGUGAGUACGGACACAGUGUAUGCCAUGUCAGCUGUAAUGCUGCUUGCCCACCUGGUGUCGUUCCCUUACGCCCACCCCUCACCUCCUGGCAGUCUCUCCCUAAAUGCAGCCCUGUUUGCCUCAGUUUGUUUAGCCUCAAGGUUACCUGGUGCUCUGCACACCUUCGCCAUGCUCAGCUGUGCCCUGCUGGUGUUUGCCCUGUGGCCCUGCCUGCUGCAGAAGUUGAGAGAGAACGCCCCUACCCAGUUUACUGGGUUGUGUGUGGGAGUGUGUUUUGUAGGGGUGGGUGGUCUGUCAUCUCAGUCACUAGGGGGAGCUGUGCUCUUAGCCCUGGCCUUAGGAAGUGUUACAUUGCUGUGCCCCCUACUACUAGUCAGGUUGCAGAGACAAAAAGACAAUAUCCAUGGACCAUGGGAUGAGGCUGAGAUUCAUGAGGACCUGAGCCACUUCCUUCACUAAAGCACAGAGCAAAGAGGUGGUGUGGUGAUGUUGAUCGCAGUUGAAAUCACAGCGGAAGUCAACUGAGAAUUUUAGAUGAAUUCAUUUACUGUCAGUCUGCAGUAUUAUGUUGGUGCUACACAAGUAUACUGACUAAUAUUAAUUCUUUUUAUCACUGGUCCACAUCUUUUUGGACAGCCAUGAAGACUUGUUAUUACCUUGCAGAGAAUUAUGGUUAUGUUUAAUGUACAAGCUGUUAUUGUCUUGUAAAUGUUAACCUCAGAAAUUGUUUGGGAGAUAUCAACUAAUGUACAAUGCUGCAAUUACUAGACACACUCUCAUGCUAUGAACUAAUUUCAAAUGAUGUUUUAAUAAUCUGUGGGAAAUGUUUUGUUGCACAACACUGUCUCACAAACUGCUAAAAAUAAAGUUAAGUAUAAGUUUAUUUUGCAAUAAACAUGUUUUCUCAGCAUAAGUUAUAGUUUUUAAAUACAUUUUUAUCUGAACUGCAGAUGCAUGUAAAUGCAGGAGAAAUACCAGUAUAACAAGCUGUAGAUUGGUGUAAAACUAGCAGUGCUGCGCACUCGGGACUGUCCGCCAUGUUGCAUUGCCGGACACACCCCAAUCAGUGACGUCACGUUAGCGGGUAAGUUGAUGAAAAACACCUGUUGUAAUUGUGGCGCUGCUUUAAAACUUUCGGCCACAGAGAGCACCAUAGCAGCAGUUUUACACCCCGUCAGAUGUAUUGUUAAUUCAGUGGGAGUACCAUGUUUAAACUCUGUGACAUUCAGUGUUCACUGAAGAGGAGAGCUGGAAUUGUUGUAACCUUUGUUUAUGUUUCAUUUUUUUUGUUUCUGUUUCAGUACAGUAAAAAAAAAAAACAAACCUAAAACUACACUCCUGUGUAAUUUCUGGUUCUCUAAUGAACAAAAUAAAAACACACCCCAACUCUA